CACACGUGCAACGGUGAACUAGUCUUGGGCUUCCGAAGUGUUAGCACGUUGCAAUACUCAACAAAAGACAAUUACCGUUUACAAGUGCAGAAGCCAAUGCACCGGCGCUCGUCAAGGAAACGCCGGAAGUCCAGGUACGAUGAGUCAUGCUCGAAGGUUCACCAUUCUGCCCCCAACUUGCCAAACCGACGGGGUACACAAACCCUAUGCACCGAACCAUCUUUAUCCCACGACAAGAAAUGUUUCGAUCCAGUCUUCGAAGGCGAGACCGACCUCCUUGAAAGAAUGGCUUCUGUAGAAGCUGGUAUGAGCGCCGAGCUAACAACGGAAGAGUUCCAGGUCAUGUCACGGAACGUUGAGCAGAUCUUGUCGGAAGCACGAAAAACACUGGCGCAUCAUCAUGACGAUAGAAGUGUUCUCGCGAAACCUGAAGGCGUUAAGUCAACGAAAGGUCCGUCUGUGCUGCGAGACAUCGAGCAAAAACGUAAAGAAGUCUUGCCGAAAACGCUGCAGAGAGAAGGCGACAAAAUGAAAUGCAUAAAGCAACAAAAGGCUAAAGUAUUGAGCUUGGAAGACCUGGAACCAGCCCCGGAAUUUCCAGCCCUGAGUGACACCGCUCGGGCAAGGGUGGUGAAUUCCCCGUACGAAAACUUUUAUUCCGACCUGAUUACGGGUGAGGCGAUAGAGGUCGCGCCUCUAACGGACUAUUUUACCUUUCCGGUUCACGAACCCGAGCGCUACGCAUCUCCAACUGAUUACAUCGGCACGCCUCGUAGCGAGGGCUACUCCACGAUGAACGACAUGGAAGAAUGUCCAAUAUACUUAGUUCCCCCGUACGAUGAAUAUGGGCGCUUUUCGCCACCCGUCUAUGAUAGUCCCCCGGAUGGAUCGCAUGCUUUUCGCCUUUCUUCUGAUAACGUGUCUCCGGAAAAGGAGAGGAUAUCUAGACUCAUGGGGAAUGAAUCUGCAGAUCGUAGGGCCAUCGAAAGAGAAGGUGAACGUCAACACUCAGAAAAUUUUAAUUCGAAAGAACCAGUUGCACGCGGUUCCGAUCGCCGCAGAAGUUCGAGCUAUGAGCAACAGCCUUCCUUGCCGAAAAACAAGGUACAUAAGACUUUUGUAACUGAAUCUACGAAUGCACCAAGAUCAGCAACGCCUACGGACAAAUGCACUCAAUAUGAUAUCGAUGCUGGUGGCGUGAUUGCCGCACGCACGCAGCCUGAUCAAGCUCUGCAAGCCCAGAACACUACGCAGCCAUUUCUGAGUAACGGAGGAGACGACCCUCUCGUGGUUGGCUUAUGGCGGCAUUUGGCACUGCAGGAGCUUUCAUUGGACCUCAACUCUCUGAUCAGCCAGUACGCUGCCGAAGGCGACUCCGGUAUCCAGGACAUGAUCGUGCCGCAGAAUGUGCAAGACGACGAUGACUACGAAAAUAGCGGCGUGGCUUCCACGCUUCCAGAAAGUACUUUACAGUUCACCAGUGGUGUCCCUGGGACGGGUGCCUUUGAUUCACUCACGUCGUCGCCUUCAAAUGAUAGUGCUGAAGGGAUUAUAAUGAAUGAGAGUUCGUCGUCAGCAUGAACAACGUGAUCCACGUCAAUGCCUGUUUGUAAUAUCUUGCAUAGUGUUUCCAUGUUUCCCAGUUCUGUUCCUGACGUACGUUAUGUAAGCACUGUCAGUGGCCCUAUAUGUUAUACAAUUAUAGCAACAGCACAGUGUUUUUGUUGUCUUGAGAACAGGGUAAUGCUUGCUUGAGGCUGAGGAGGAAACUGGAAAGUCCAAGACAGGACUACCUUGUGUUACGAUAUUUCUGUGUAUGUUGUCCAUGUUUUCGUUAGACCCAAGAAAAAGUCCACAUGAUCAUCCCA